AUGGCUCAAAACGGCACCCACGACGAUAUAGUCAUCGCCUCCUACCCGGAUCUUAGGGACAAGAUUGUCUUCCUUACCGGUAUUGGGCAGUCAGGCGAUCAGGAAAUGUGGGGGAAUGGCGCCGCCACGACACGCCUCCUAGCCAAGCAAGGAGCCAAGAUCUUCGGCUGCGAUCUCUACCUGGAGCCUGCCCAACACACGCAAAUGCGUAUUGUUGCUGAGGGCGGAGACGUGACCGUUGUGGCCGCUGAUGUCACAAAUGACGAGAGUGUCAAGUCGGCCGUGGACGCCAACGUUGGCCGAUCAGAGCCUGGUGGCCCCGCUGAGAUGACAGAGAAGGUCUGGGAUGCUCAGACCAAUGUCAACCUCAAGUCUGUCUACCUCUGCUGUCACCAUAUUCUUCCACUGAUGGAGAAACAAUGUUCAGGAGCUGUGGUAAAUGUGGCCUCGAUUGCCGGUCUGCGGUAUAUCGGCAAGCCCCAAGUUGCAUAUGCCGCCACCAAAGCCGCCGUCAUUCAAUUCACUAAGGCCACGGCGGUUAUUUACGCAUCCAAGAAUAUCAGGAUGAACGUGGUCGUGCCCGGUCUCAUGAACACAUCUCUGGUUGGUAUGCUAGCCGACAAGUAUGCCGGUGGCGAUGUUGAGGGCUUCAAGGCGAAGAGAAACAAAGCUGUACCCAUGGGCAGGAUGGGUGACUCAUUUGAUGUCGCCAUGACGGCUCUGUUCUUGGCAUCAUCACAAUCCAGAUACAUCACCGGUCAGAAGAUUGUGGUUGACGGCGGUAUCACUUCGUCUACCGGUUGA